UAUGUAUGUAUGUUCUUUUACAGGCUGCUCUGUUUAUUCUGUAAUAGCUUGUCUUUAUAGUAGUUUAUCAUAUAUGAUUUUUCUUAAUCUGGGCACACUUAUCUCUGCUCUUCUCCACAGCAUAAUAAGGGUGAGAUAUCACUGGAUUCAUAUAAAAAAAAUAAUAAUAAUAAUUUCCUCUUCACCUGUUAGAAUGAUACUGACCCUUUUUUCCCGAUGCAUGAUCACUUUUUUAUUACACCUACAGCUGGAGUUCCAAGUGCUUGAAACCAUUCAUACAGUAGCUCUUCUUAUUAAGAAACCUCUCAAGUGUGUGCUUGAAGGUUUUGACAGUUUUUUUUUUACACUAAAUCAUGUGACUGACAACAGUUUGGCUAUUUGUAGCUCGUUUAAUGGGACAUCACAUCAUUGCCUUAUGCUACAAUUAAAUGUUCUGUCUCACUAGACCAAUGGCUGCAUAUUUACACAUGAAAAAGAAAUAAAUCAUCAGAGGCCCAGGGAUAAUUUAAACAUAGGAUUAAGUUUGCAUCACUUAUAGAAAGGAUGUGUCAGAUUACCAUUUUGCUAUACUUAAUUCUUUGUGAUUACCAAGAAAAGGCCUUUUCUCUGCGCAUGUUAGGACUUCAAAACCGAUAAUUGGCUAUAAUAAAAAUUCACUUGUAAUGAGUAAAGACGUAAUGAAUUGAAUAAUCCGUACUGAGCCAUUACCAUCUGCUAUGGGCAAAUCUGCCAUUCCCCUGUCAUGAUCUCAUAACCAAUGAUGUUAAUGGAUGUUACUAAGGUGUUCUUCCAGGGGAGGAACCUCCUCUCAAGUUUCUAUUAAUGUACUUCCUCUAGAGAUGACUGUGCUUGCUCAGGCAGAAAGAUACUCGUGCUGAAUCCACUUACUGGGAAAAAAAGGAGUCAUCUCUUGUAGUAGGACCAAAGAGAGAAAGAGAGAGAUAGAGUGCACGAGCUUUUUGUUUUAAAAGCCAAAUGGAGUGGCAUGGAAAGCAAGGAGGGAGACGCAGGCAUGCCUGUCUGCCCGAAGAACAAGAGAAAGACUGGCUGGGUAGACUAAUUGUGUUUUAAAGUGGGUCUGUGGGUACACAAUGGGGAAUCGGAUGGUUUUAAGCUCCCAUGAGCAGCUCUAGAGGAAGAGAGAGUUGUCAGAUUUGUAGGUCAGGCUGCAGGGGUUGUUGUCAGGCAGACUCACGGUGGUAGAGGUGCUUUCUUAGAGGGGAUCCGCACGACACCGAUGUCAGUUCGGGUUACGUACCGUUUCAUUAGUUUCCUCCAAUCCCGUUUGCCCACCCGCAAACAUCUCCUACUGUACCUGUGAACGAUUUUGAGGAAGUCAUGCCUCCCAAAUUCUUUCGAGAGGAGCGAGUGUGAUAGGAUCAUAAUUGAUUUCACGCUUUGCAGGGCAUUGUGCGAGCACAUCUCAAUUCCCAUCUGCUCCUGGAGAAGGCUGACCCGGUUUCAGCGUGUUACGUGGGAGCGGGCCCGGUCCGGAGGGACCUGUCCCUUACUAGUGCUGAUCUAAGGAAGCUAGGAAGGAGGGCACCGACGUGUUCCCUCAUCCCCGAUCCAUCUCACACCCUUCGCUCGAUUCUCUUAAAUAUUGUAGGUCAUCUGGCACCUCUCCCCUUCCAUUUUUGGCAACAAGGGCUGCCGGGGAUAUUUUGUCCCAGAAAAAAAAAUAAUUAUCAGCCCUCCCUAAUUCCCAAUUAUUAUGAACAGGCUUAUUUAAAAAGAAAGAUCAUGGUGGCUGUCAGAGGGAAGGAUUCGGGAUCCGAGCAGCUGAAAGAAGCCAUUGAGGAGAGCUACGCGCCGGCCACGGCUGAGGGCACACGAGGAGGAGCGCUCUGGAGUCUGCUCCGCUGGGGUUAAAGUGUGCAGCGUGCACUACUUCCUGCCGCAGGUAGAGCUGUCACAGUGUGGUGUGGAGCUCUAGCUGUGACAGAGGCUUGCCGUGUCCUUGCUGUGAGAGCUGCUCUGCUGGAUAUCGCAAUCGUUCUCACGUGUGCACGCAGAGGAAUCCGUAUCCCGCCAUCGGCAUGGAGAAGUGCUGUUCUGAGUGUUCAGAGCCCAGGAUGGCACAGAGCUUGUGCACCUUCUGCAACAAGUGGCUGUGUUUCCAGUGCACAGACUUGCAUCAGCACGAGAGAAGCUCCACUCAACCCUUUGACCUGCAGCGCCAGCCGCGAGACCCUCCAUCACCGUCUGAAUUAGGAACCGGUUGCUGCGGGCAUGCAGUUGUCAUGUGUCCUCUCCAUAAACAGGAGCCUCUGGAACUCCUGUGUGAAACGUGUGACCUCAUGGCCUGCAGCAUCUGUCACCUGUCCGCCCACAAAGACCAUCGACUGGUGCACGUUGGGAAGGCUCUGCAAGACCAGCGUUGGCUCCUGCAGAACCUCAUGGCCCGAGUGGAGGAGAAGAGAUCUGCAGUGGAGAGCACGGCUAAACAGAUCCAGGGCAGGCUCCAUGGUGUAAAGAUCACGCAGAGGAAGGCAGAGAACCAGAUAAAAAUGGCUAAGAUGAUUAUGAUGAACGAGCUUAACAAACGGGCCAACCUAUUAAUAGAACAACUGGAGAGUAUCUCCAGUGAUUUCAAGCAACGUCUGGAGGACCAGCUGCAGGGGGCCAUAGAGCUGUGCAGCCAGCUGGAGCACGUGCAGAACUUCAUUACCUGGGCUACAGCCCACCACAGACGCAAUCCACUGCUAUUCAGCAAAGAGCUGAUUGCUCUUCAGAUGCAGCAAUUACUGGAGCCACUGAUGCUCUCAGAGGCUUGGACCCCUUUAAAAAUCAAGUUUAACUGGGAUGCCAGCUUCUGGACCAAGCAGAUGUCCACUUUAGGUCAACUGGUCGUUGAUGGUGGAAGUCGUUCAUACCCAGAGGUUGUGGGUCAUCCCAGUAUUCUGCGACCCCAGCCUGUCCCAUGCAUAGCAAUGCCUCCUCUGUGCCAUGCGGUGCGGGAACCCGGCUGUGCCUGCCAGACCUUCUGCCAGCCCCAGCUCUGCUGUCUUCACUGCAGACCCACUCAAUCCAUCCCUUUGGACAAAUUCCCUUCCCAGUGUCCUCAGGCCACCAGGCACAGCUCCCCGCCGUCUCUUCACAGCUGCUGGGAGUCUGAUGCAUCUGCCCCAGUGCAUCCACCUGGAGCUCAGCCUCUACAGCAGUCCACCUCUCACCCUGGAUCUGACCCCAUCCAGCACGGAACCAGCUCCGUUUCACCUCGACAGCCUGUCGGAGCCAACAACCACCCGUUGCCCGAGCCUCUCUCUUCUAAUUCUAACCAGGCUGCCAUGAAUGGGAAAAACUCUGCACCAGGCCAGCCUCUCUGUGAAAGAGAGCAAACAUCUGCACCUGAAGCAACUACAGGGCAAGAAGCAUCACCAGAGAGAGAGCUGCCACAGGUCCGCAAUCAGGCUCAAGUGCAGACGACCACAGAAACCAGCAAUCAGCCCAUGAUCGAACUUCAGCCUAUCGUUGCUCGCAUCGGUGAUGACAGAAGAUCCUCGGCGCUGGAGAUGUUCACACGGGCUCAAGGCCGAGGACGUGAUGGCCAGAGCCGUUCCGGUUCAAAGAGGGCGACCAGGUCCCAGAGCACCUCAAAAGGACCCAGAGGACCUUGUAAAAAUCUCUGUAAAGACAGGCCGAGCAGGGCAGCUCAUAGCCUGGCAACAGUGGCUGGGGACCAGGGAUGCACAAUGCAGCAGCAGGUCUGUGCACGACUCGAUGCUUCUGAGAUGAUCCCACAUUUAAACAGUCACACUACAUCCUCUCUGACCACCUACAAGUCUGAACCAGAUAACGUAUAUGCAUAUGCCUAUGAAAACAGAAGGCUGAAAACCAGAAAGAAGAAAAGAUUGUCUCGAGAAGAUCCAGACAACAGUGAUAAAGAAGCCCCAGAUGGUUCGAAGGUUCCAGUUGUGUGUCUUGAGCGACUCAAGAUCCUAGUAUCACGACAUCCACCACAAAGCCAUCAGAGCACAGACCUUACUCCUCAAACAGAGCCUGGACUCAAACCUGAAGAAAGUGUCUUCAGGGUUCUGGAGAGAAAGGUCACUUCUCAGGGAACUUUGGAUAAGGAGUCAGUUCAGACAGAGGACAGCGCGUCACCCAUAGAGCAGCUAUCACCAGAACAUCUGCAUAGCUGUGAAUCAUCUGGCUCCCUUGAGGUUUCUCAGCCCCCUGUGCAAGAAUUCUGCAACAUAAACCAGGAGUCCGGGGUACUAGCCAUUUCCAAUGAUUCAGACCCUAUCUUACAACCUGACACUGAAGAAAUAAACUCCCCAUCUGAGCUCAGGUCGGUGACAGGUUCUGAUUUCCAAACUGAAUCCACAAGAAAAGCUGAAGCAGGCUCAGAUGCAGAUGUGGAAUCGGAACUCCUGCAGGAAUCAGAUCCGAGUUCUGAAUCCGAACUGCAGGUCGACUCUGAAUCGGAUGUAAUUUCGGAGCAGCCUCCCAAAUCGGUGCUCUCGGCUUCUGAACAGGAAUCUGAAUCAGAUUCCACGGCCCAAGCGACUCUGAAUCUUGAACCGGAAUCUGAAUGGGAAGCGGAGCAGCCGGUUCUCCUACCUGCCGCUGGCUCCGACACUGUCAGUGUACAUCAACCUGCAGAGGAAAGCCCUGAGAUAGAGAAUGAGGACUUCUGUGCGGUCUGUCUCAUCGGCGGAGACCUUCUCUGCUGCGAUCGGUGCCCCAAAGUCUUUCACCUGUCAUGCCAUGUCCCACCUCUCCAUAGUUUCCCCAUAGGCGACUGGAUUUGCACCCUGUGCAGAGAUGUGGAGCAGCCAGAGGUGGAGUAUGACUGCGAGAAUGACCAGAUGUCCACGGGUUCACUGCCAUAUGGACUGUCGGCGUGUGACCAGAGGAAAUGCGAGAAGUUGACGCUGCUGAUCCUCAGCAACAUUCUCAGCGCUCCUUUCCAUGAGCCUGUCAGCCCUCUGGCCCGUCAUUAUUAUCAGAUCAUCAAGAAACCCAUGGAUCUGUCUGUCAUUCGGAACAGGCUCGGCAGAAGCAGCAACACACACUAUCGUUCCCCGCAAGAGUUUGUGGCUGAUGUCCUGCUCAUGUUCAAAAACUGUGCCAAGUUCAACUACCCCGACUCAGAGGUGGCUCAGGCAGGCCACAGUCUACAGUCCUUUUUUACAUCCAAACUGAGGGAGGUUUUUCCAGAUCUGACCUGCCCUGUCCAGGAGGAGGAGGACUCAGACAAUGAGGAUUACGAGGAGCUGGAGAGAGCUAUGGCGACUGGAUUUCCCUGGCCUGAGAGAAAAGAGCAGAGCCACAGGAAGAGGAAAAGAAGGCACUCCCUCAACUGGAGGAGAAAUCACUAUUAGUUGUGCCUCUCUCUCACUCUCUCUCACUCUCUCUAUACACACACAUAUAUAUAUAUAUAUAUAUAUAUAUAUAUAUAUAUAUGUGUGUGUGUGUGUGUGUACAGAGACUUUUGGCCCACUCUCUCUGAGUUUUCCAUCCUGAACAACUUGCUGUUUUUUUAAAGGUUCAUGUUAAAAUUCAGUAUAUGCGUUUUCUGAGGACUAAUCUCACACAUUAUAACCAAUUGGUGUGUUAUGCUGUUAUCUGUAGCUGUGGGUUGGUGUUGAUAUAAGCCUAUAUCUCCAGACGUCGCCUAAGGUCUUGCACUAGUAUUUAUUCCAAUGCUUACACUUACAUUAAAUUGUACAAUCAAUUUGAUAGCUGACUGGUUGCUGGCAACUGCUACUUAGUAAAUAUAGAUAAGCAAAAUUGAUUGGUUAUAUUAUAUAAUAUAUUUGCUCUAAAUUCCAUUCUUCUUUUUUAUCCGAAUAUCCCUUAUAAUGAGGUACUUUUUGCAGCUGUUUUACUGUGAUGAUGUUAUUGACCUGUAGAGGGAGCACUUCAUGUAGCCUGUGGCAACACGUUAGUUCAUAUUGGACUUUUUCAGCGGCAGGAGGAUGUGCACAAUGUUACUAAAACCCACAACCUUUUUAGAAUUGAAGAAGUAUAAUUUUAGGCGGUUGCUGCACAACUGUGAUGUUUUAAAUUAAUAUUUGAAAUGCUUAUUGACUAUUGAGACAAAAAAAGAAAUGUUUUCACAGGUGGAUUGAACAAUUUUUAGACCAGCAUGUCCCUCCAUGUGGUUCAUGAACAGGUUUGAUUUGUACGUCUUAUGAAUUUUGUAAUACUGGUCUUAAUUGCAGAAAUUGCUGUGCAGAUCAUGUUAAGUCCUCUUUUAAUGCUAUUUACUAUCUUUAGCUGGAUUGUAUUUAGUCUUAAAAUAUAUAUACUGUAUGGUGUAAAUAUGCUAUUCAGGCUUUGAUGUUUCCUUCUGCUACACAAACAACAUUGCUUUUCCCUACUUGUUUAUAAAAUCAGACUCGAAAUGAACCUUGUUUAAAUAUACAGUCAAUUAUG